AUGAAAAGCAUUCACCUUUUCCAGGUGGUUCUGUGUAUUUCCGUGCUGUUUCUUGACCGUUCCAGUGCUGAACAUUUUGACACUUUAAACUUUAAAAACAACACUUUCUGUUUUCGGACAAAAUCUUCUUCGGAUGAGCAAACACAUUAUGCAUUUCUCCGAAAGACUCCGACAUCUCUUCUCUUAUUUGACAGCAUCUGGAGCAAAAACAACAGACUUUUCAGUUGCAUCAUAACCAAUCAACAAUCUGUUAUUGAGGGUUACCUGUCCAGGUGUAUGAAUUCGGCAAGUACCUCUUUUUUGGAAAGCCCUGAUGUCCGCUUUAACAUCAGUGAGUUGUUUGAACCCGAUGGCCCCUGUCAGACUGCAGGUAUUAUGGAGGGAUUUACAGUGUCUGUACACAAGACCAGAGACCUCAGGAGUGUUGACCUCGAUGGAUCUGUGCAACUGGACAUUGGGAAGAGUUCAAGGCCAAAGCUUCGCCGCUCAAAGCGAGCAUGGAUGAUUCCAGGAACUGUAUGGUGUGGAUCUGGAAAUCGGGCAUCUAACUUUUCUGACCUGGGUUUAUUUGAAGAAACCGAUAAAUGUUGCCGAGAACACGAUCAUUGUAAGGACACCAUUGCAUCUUUCUCAUUUAAACACGGCGUCUUCAACACAAACAUAUUCACUUUAUCUCACUGCGACUGUGAUAACAGGUUCCGCCGUUGUCUUAUGGGAGUAAACAGUACCGUGUCCAACAUGGUGGGAUACGGCUACUUCAAUAUGCUAAAGAUGCGCUGCUUUGAGUUCUCGCAUAGGAUGCAGUGCGCAAAGAGAAUGUGGUGGGGCAGGUGCGCAUUUUCCAAACUCGCUCAAUAUGCUGUGAUCAAAGGUCAGAGAAACUACACUGACACGAUACCGGAAACAGACAAAGAUAUUCUGGAAAAAAACUUUCAUCAGACAAUAACGUAUGGAGAAAAUCAGGUCACCAAAAACUCGGAAGCAUCAUUUACAAAACAAGCCAAUGAGUCCAGGAGUGAAGAGCUGAAUCCGGUAUCGCCAUGGCCAUCUGUUACAACACCAUGGUCCCCAAAACCUUUCUUGGUACCAACAGACACACCAAAGACAACACUGCCCCACCAUAUGCACAUACAGCAAAAAGGUGAGUUUGAAAUAUGUGACAGCUACAGAGACCUGGAUUCUUGCCAUUUACAGAUCCCUGCUUUACAGGAGAAAUUCGGUCUACGAAACCCCGAUCUCAGAACCAUGUAUCACUGUAACUGUACUGUCAGGCUUGCCCAAAAAAUCUCCAGUAUGGAUGAGGUUGAUCCUGUGCAUUCACUGUUAAUGGCCUUUGUGUCACAAUCCUGCUUUAUUCUGCCUCAGUCUGAAAACUGUACUGAGGCCACCAGUUGCUCUAAAACUCAAGCAAAUGCGCCAUUUAUCCAGCAUUGGAGAAAAGACACGACGGGAGGGCGACAUCUAGUGGACUUCAAUCGUAAACUCAAGAGAAUAAACCUGAAACGAUCCAAGAGAAAAAACUCGACAGUCAGAUUACGCAACAAAUGUAUCAGGAUCCACAAUAAACUACGCAGAACUUCAGUUACUCAACAAAUUUCCUGAUAUCUAUUUUGAGUUUAAGUAUAGAAACAGAAUAAAACGAUUAUCAGAUAUAGACAGAUUUGAAUUAAUGUUGACCAACAACGUAAAGAUAAAAAAAUUAAAAGUAUUAAUCAUGUCAAAACUUACUGUCAUACUGUCAAUUUUCUGUUGAUGAGAAGAAGAAAAUUCCCACUUCUCCUCAGGCAUCUCGGGAACUCAAUCGCGCAUGCGCAGAGUUUUACAGUCUGUCAGGCCGAUUCUCAUUCGGAAGGCUGCAGCCUCCGGAGGUCGCAUAUGCAAGCUGCAUACGUCAUCAAGCCUGAUUUAUUUAAGCAUUUACAAGUCAUAAGCAUAUUACAACAAUUUACGAUAAGACUAAUUGUUAAUA